AUGUUCCCUCCUCCUCCUCGUGUCAAAAGAGACGUGACUCUUACCUGGGACGAAGCCGUAGCUAAUGGCGGCAUUCAGCUUGGCAGGCUCGGCGGAACCCGAACGGAAUCUCAAUACCUAUUGUUGAGUGAUCUGGAGAGUCCCACAGACAUCCCUGAGGGUACUGGCAAUGGCUGGAGUGUCAAUGAAGAGCCAAACGGACAAGCACCACCUGAAUUCGUUGAUGCAUUCGAUGAGCUGGAUAUACCUCAAGGUAGCGCGAACCACUACAGAGUAUCUCUGCAAAAUCAGAAAUUCAAAAACUGCUGGCAUACUGGUCUACCCCCAAUUAGUGCCAGGUUCAGUGUUCACGUCAACGUCAAGGGCAAGACGAUUGUUGCAAAUGUCAGUCACAGUCCCGCCGCCAUGAUCAACGAACAAGAAAGUGUCCCAGCAGACUGGAAACAGAAGCUUCCGAAGGUGUCGCGGAUGUCUGACGUAGUUUGGAUACAAUGGGCGACGGUAGCAAAGGCGGAGGCAACACCGUUGGCAGUCAGCGAUUUGAAAUACAUCUUCCGGCAUGAGAUCAUCAUGGAGAAUACUAGAUCCAUUAUCGAUCAAGCAGCGGCCAAAGGAGAGGACGAGUUCAACGAGAAUUGGCCCGGACUCAAAUUCGUCACGACCGACACACAAUUCCAGGCACUCUUAGGUACUAUCCACGGAGUUUCUAUCGUAGAUCUCCUGGUCUCACAUCCUAAUGAGUUGGGUACCAAGUCGAUCGAGGCCGUCAAUAUCUUCACUACAGAUGAAGGUGACAACUACCACAUGCUGUGGACUCUGACAGGAGACGGAAAUACUCCGACGGCAAGCUGA